CAAUUUGAAAGCCGCCUCUCUACCGGGAGAGGAAGGCUCUUUUUCGGUCAGAUGGCGUGCUGCAGUCCGCCCCCGUCAUUCUCCAGCCCACACAGACAGCAAAAAGGCAGCCAGCAACCAAUACGGUGCGCCGGAGGAGGAUUUCUGCCAGUGAUUUCAGACGAGGUACGAUACGCAAAGGGGAUUUACUACGCCAAUCUGCGACGGGGAAGUUGUCGGCAAUAGGCAAGACGUUUCAUUCCGGGAAGACCGGCCCCUGGCGUGUUUGGAGAGAUAUCUUUGCGUAAAAAACAACAACAACAAAAAAGAAGAAAGAAAAGAAAAACAGUCUACCUAACGUGAAGAAGGUUCAUGUGUUUCCUUUCUCCUGCCUAAACUUUCCAGUGCUGGGUGCAAUGUCUCUGCCGCGCACACUUGGGGAGUUGCAGCUCUAUCGUGUGCUGCAGAGGGCCAACCUGCUGGCCUAUUAUGAAACCUUUAUCCAGCAGGGUGGCGACGACGUCCAGCAGCUCUGUGAGGCAGCGGAGGAGGAGUUUCUGGAGAUCAUGGCACUAGUUGGCAUGGCCACCAAGCCACUGCAUGUGCGUAGGCUGCAAAAGGCCCUCCGAGACUGGGCGGCGAACCCUGCCCUUUUCAGCCAGCCAGUUGCUAACGUUCCGCUUGGGGGCAUACCACUGUUUAAAGUUGAUGGGACGGGUACGAGUGGUUCAGCUGGCGGGCCCAGAAAGUCUGUAAGUAACGGGCAGCCAGGGUCGCCAUGUGAAAGAGAGGAUCGGGCAUGCCUUACCCCAAUGCACAGUGGGAGUCCAAGAAGCCCCUGCUCUCAGGCCUCUCCACAACCACCAGACACACACUAUAGGGAAAAACUGUCACCCAUGGACCCACACUGGCUCAGCCCAGAGCCCGACGGAAACUCCACUUUGGCUUCUGCAUCUGGAAUGGAAGAAGAGUCACAGAGCCCACCUCUGCUGUCAGCAGGUCCUCCGGGACCCUCCACGUCCCCAAGCCCCUCUGCAUCAUUUACUCCUGCUGUUCUGUCGGCCUGGCCCGGAGGGCAGCUGGACGGGGAGACGGCGAAGGCGGUGGUGGAGAGCGUGGAUAGACUCCUCCGGACCCUGCCCAGGUCAGACCCUGCAGAGGUCAAGACUCUGCUCAGGAUGAAUAAGAAGAUGGCAAAAACUGUGGGGCACAUCUUCAGAAUGGGGGCCCAGGAUGUUAACAAGGAAGAGGAGAUCCGCAAAUACAGUCUCAUUUAUGGACGCUUUGACUCCAAGAGGAGAGAAGGCAAGCAGCUCACACAUCAUGAGUUGAUCAUCAAUGAAGCGGCAGCCCAGUUCUGCAUGCGCGACAAUGCUCUCUUGCUGAGACGGGUGGAGCUCUUUUCUUUGGCUCGGCAGGUGGCAAGAAAAUGUGCCUACACCUCCACACUGAAACAUGCAAGGACAAAUGCAGAUGAGAACAGCAUACUGCCCCAAAAGAGAGCGAGACAUGAGGUCAAUGUGUCAGAGAGUAUGCCAUCACUCCUUGGAGUGGACGGAUCAGAGAGUUUGCCCCACAGGGGAGAUGACGACAGCUUAUCUGCAGAGAGCGUGGACAGUGGAUCACACGACCUCGGCUCACAGUGCAACCAGUCUCCAUCCCCCCGUCCCCACGUUGACACCUCUAACCCCGCCAGCUGGAGUCGCCAUCUCAUACAGCAAACUCUAAUGGACGAAGGACUGCGAUUGGCUCGGAUGGUGUCUCAUGAUCGAGCGGGGAAGCUCAGCGUGGCAUCUGAAGGAGCUCACUCUACAGACCUUGACAGCAAAGUGGAGAGGCAGAGCGCGGUAACGGCGUGCAGAAGCAGUAGCCCUUGUUUCACCAAAGAUGACGCCAACCACCGGGGGAAAUGAAACCCUCAGAGGGGUUAUCAGGGAACUUGUACUGUGUCCCUUUAUAGAGGGCUCAUGUACUUCACUGGCAUCCAACGUGAUGGAAAAGAGACUCCUGACAAAACCCAGUGACUGAUAUCAUAAACCUGCAGUGACUUCUUAAGUUGUGAAUGAGCAACGACAUGUUUUGAUUUUUAUAUUCAGGAAAUAAGCAAGGAAAGACACUCCUUUGACUUUUGAACCAACAGAGGGAAAAAUAAUAUAUGGAUUUUUAUCAGGCAAGGCCUGAAUUAUUAUUUAAUGAGGAUGUGCCACCUGCUUCAGAUGAACUGGACUCGACACAGCAGGGGGCACUGCAACUUUGGAAACCAACUAAGUUCCUCCACAGCGAGCAGCACAUGUUAAUGAUGUAGAGGAAUGGUUUGUUUUUUUUGUAGAAGGACUUUAAUCAACACUUUAAGAAUAGCAUCAAUACGUCCUCUGAAGCUCCUCAGGAAACAAAUGGAUGUUCUGGUAGUCAGUCAACUUUUCUGGGAGCAUGCACACAAACGUCAGGGUCACAGGCCUUUUUGUCUUUUGUCUUUUGCUGCAUCGUCUAAUCCACCAUCAUGAGACGAAAGGCCACAGGCCUUCAUCGUCCAUCACAUCUUUCUCUUUCUCAGCUGCUGAUAACGGUGUUUAGAGUCAGGCUUGUGCUAGAGGAAUUUCACUAUCAACUGUUCUAAGAUGGGUCUGUGUAGUGAAAUCGAACUUUCAGGGCACUCACUUCAGCAGUGAGGACGCCUUGAGCUCAGCCUAAUGAGUUUAAUGUACAGCCUUCAAGAAACCUGAAAUCAAAGCUAAACAUUUGUAACCAAUUCCAGAAACGUGUUGAUUACUGUAGAUUAUUGAUGGUGCAGUAUUUUUACGAAUACAGGAAACGUACAGGCGUGUCUUUGGGAUGAUAUUUGUGUAGUCUUAGAUUAACAAAGUGAAUCUUACAUCUUAAAAAUGGUCUAAUAAAUUAGACUAAUCUAUCUUUUCAUUUUAGGUUUUAGAAAAAUUAGCAGAAACACAGGAAGUUUACAGAUAGACAAUCCCAUGGUGCUUUGAUUUUUGAUACAGCAGUUCUUAUAAACGACAUCAGCUGACAGCUGCUGGUGACAAAAUUUGGUAAAACCAUUGAAGUGUGCAAAUGUAUUCAGAUGGCUCAUGUUGAAUAUGUCAGUGAGGUAGCUUACUGUGCAUCAGUUACAUCUGCCUGUCUCUUGAGUGAUUACUAACCUCCUCAGUUUAUUAUGUUGCAAAACAGAUUAUUUAUUUUGUUACAGCUCAAUAAAUGUUAUUUUACUGACUAAAGCCACA